UACUGAGUUUCCGCUUGAAUACACUUCAGUUCAAGAAAACGUUUAAAGAAAUGGCGUCGAUGAACCAAGUCGUAAUCUGCAUAAUGGCAGCAUUGUGGGGACAAGCCUUCAUACCGUGUUCUGCACAAGAGGAACUAUUCCAAUUAUGGAAUUGGAUAUUUGUUGAUUGCGCCCCAUCCCAAAAUUGUGCAUUAUGGUGUAUUUUUGAGAAAAUGGGAAUUGUAGACGGGGAGCAGUACCAGAGCAGUAAAAUGUUCGAAUGGUUGAAGUUUACCGUAGAUGUACAGAUACUGACCGAAGACGAAGCCAAAAGACUCGCUGACGUGUGCGACCGUGUGAACGACGUUAUGCAUCAGCUUGAAUCGGACUGCGAUAAAAGUGACGAAGUGCGAAAAUGUUUAUCUUCGGAACUAUAUGAGAUUACAUACGAUCGAGCUAUGUACGAAAGCAGAAAGGAAGAAAAGGAAAUAAAUGACCUAAAGGAGAAAUGGAACCAUAUAAGUAACGAGUGCUCCAAGACCCAUUCUGAUGAUGAUUGUAAGGAGCUGUGUUUGAAUAAGGAAAUGGGAAUUAUAGACGAGAACGGAUUGUACGUGGAGAGCAAACAGCGAGAAUGGAUGAGGGUUGCCGUAUAUGAUGGACUUUUCACUAAAUCUCAAGCCGACCACGUCGCUGCAGCAUGCAACCGGGUGAACAGAGUUAUGUACAGGGGCUGCAAAAGAGGUGUUCAAGUGGCACAGUGCAUAGCUACAGAAUCUAGCAAGGAAAAAGAAAAUGAAGAAAAUACCGGGCCUGAAAAUAAAGAAAUGGAACCAGGCCUGGAAAGUUUCUACCUGAUUAUUAUGGAAUGCCGCAAUAUGGACCUUUCCUGUUUAAUGUGGUGUUUCUUUCUCAACAUGGGAAUUUUAUCACAAAAAGGACAGUUUGACGAGCAUAAACUGCUAGAAUGGAUGGACUUUCCCGUAGAUAUGAAGUUAUUGACAGAAACUCAAGCCAAUCGAAUCGCCGAAGAAUGCUACUACCGUUUGGACGGGAAUCAACAUGAUGAUUUAUGCGAGAGAGGUCGUUUCUUGUGGCAGUGCCUGAAUACAGCAAUAGAUAUGGUACUACAAAACACAGACGGAAAAGAUACGUAUGAGGUACCACAAAACAAAGACGGAAAAGAUACGCAUGAGGUAUUAACAUACGACAGACUUAUGUUGAUUGAUGAAUAUUGCCGCAAAAAUACAAACGAGACAUGUUUGGACAUGUGUAAAUACGAGAAACUUGGAAUUAUAAAUGAGCGCGGAUGGUUCGUUGAGAGUAAAAUGGCAGAACUGCAAAUGGUGGUGAUACUAUUCGCUGAAACAUCUGUUCCAACACACUUUAUGAAAUUAUUCAGACCUCGAUUAACACAAUUACACAAAACAUGCAACCAUGUUACAGCGAAUAAGCCUAUUACCGACUGCCAUCAAGCUAAUGAACUGCGCACGUGCUUCGAUGAAGAAAUAAAUAAGAUACUAAAUGUGGUAAAGGAAGAAGGGUAUAAGUUUAUUAAUGAUUGCCAACGCACAUCAAUCCAGAGUUGUCACGUGCUGUGUAUAUUGAAGAAAAUUAACUUAAUUAAUGAAAACGGACAGGUCGUGGAGAGUGAGUGGGUACUUUGGACCAGAAGCCUUACCGGUAGUAAAAUCACCGUUACCGAAGCCGAGAAGAUUACUAAAGCAUGCGAUCUCACGAGCAAGCAUAUUACUGAUGACUGCCGUCGAGUUAUUGAACUGGAAAAUUGCAUAGUGGAAAAGUCUAACAGAUAUAAGUACAGCGAGGGAGGAGUAAAAAGUGAAUGAAAAAUAUUAUUAAUAACAAUUGUCAUUGUAUUAUUAAUUACAAUUAUUUUAUCUGCUAACACAUAAAAUUAAUACAAUUAAAAUUAUUCUCCAUCUAA